AUGUGGCUGACAUUGUACUUCCCCUCUAGCCACGCCAAUGCCUUGACGAAAGGAGUCCCAUUGUCCGUCACCAUCUCCAACACUGACCCCCACCUCAUCAUGAUCUUCUCCAACAAAAACCUUCCUAUCGCUUUAUGGUUCUCUUUCCUCAACAUCUCAAACUCUGGCCAACCCGACAAGUUAUCGCGUUACAACUCGAGGGCGAAUGGCACCGUCGAGGCUGCUCACCAGCCAGUCCGCAGCGCACUCAUCAAAUCCAGCAACGGUGAUAUUCGAAAGUGGCACGAACACCUGCCAUACGUCUUCUGGGCAGAGCGCAUUACGAUGAGGAAAUCUACAGGGUUUUCACCUUACUAUGCAGUGCAUGGAGUGGAACCUCUCUUACCGUUCAACAUCACCCAUGCAACGUUCCUUCUACCACCAAUGAAAUCCCUCAUCACCGAGGUCGAGUUGCUUGCUAUGCGUGGACGACAGCUUGAACGACGAGACGACGACAUCGCAGCCAUGCAGAAACGUGUUUUGAAGGCUCGCUUUGCUUCGGCUGCCAAGUUCGAAAAGCGACACGAGAACGUCUUGAUCGACUACGACUUUCAGCCCGGGGAGUUCGUGCUGGUGUUGAACAAGAAAAUUGAACCUGAUGUUGGCCGAAAGGGUAAACCUCGCUAUUAUGGUCCCAUGGUCGUCAUCAGGCGCUCUGAAGGUGGUUCGUAUCGCCUUGCCGAGCUGAAUGGGGCUGUGUCGAAGUUGAAGUAUGCUGCGUUUCGGUUGAUUCCUUAUUACCCUCGUGGCAGGAAGGUAGUGAAGGUGACGGAGUUGGAGGAGGUUUGA